GUCGUGAAGCAAAAUUCGAUGUUUUGUGUGUGGGGACUGGGAAGAAGAAGAAGAUUUUGUUUUUCUUUUGCGAAAAGAGAAAGAAAAAAGUGAUUUUUCUCCAUUUUCUCAGGGAUUUCGGGGAGAAUGGCAACAAUAAAUGAUUUACCCGAUGAAGUUCUCGAAUUCAUCAUCAACCUCCUGCCACCGUACAAGGAUGUGGAAAGCUGUAGAUUAGUUUGCAAAAGAUGGGCGGAUCUUGGCAAGAAUGCUCGUUUCCGGAAGACAAUAAAUUUCCAACGUAGCGUGGCGGAAGGGAAUUUGUGCUGGAAAGAAUGGGAACCACCAGAUGCUGUGGCCCCCAGGAUUGCUGGACGUUUCUCCCACUGUGCUGCUGUGUUCAAGAGUAUAAUGUACAUCUUUGGGGGUGGUAGUAGCAAAGUGACAACUUUCAAUGACUUGUGGGCCUUCAAUUUAUCCACACGCACGUGGAUACGAUGCAAUUCCCAUGGAAAUCAUCCCUACCCAUCGCCCAAGGCACGCGCAACGAUGGUGUGUCACGAGGGGCAGCUUGUUGUCUUUGGGGGUUUGCGGUACCCACCAAUUUACCCGCCCUUCCAACGGGUGUGCCUCUUCGAUGAGCUCCACGUGUACAAUUUGGAAGAAGAGCAUUGGUUCUAUCCGAAAAUUUCAACUCCAUGGCCACCGGCAAUGGCAGGGCAUUCAGCUACAAUUCACGGACGUCAGAUGGUUAUUUUUGGUGGACUCCAGGAGACUGCAUUGAAUGUGACGUACUCCAAUGAUAUUUGGUGCUUGGACCUUGAAACCUACGCGUGGAAGCUUCAGAAAACAUCCCCAACAAAACCAGAGCCACGUAUUGAUCACUACCAGAUACGUCUGGAUGAUGAACACCUCUUGAUUGUCGGCGGUGUUGGUGGUGUAAAUAAUCCCUUUACAGACAUGUGGCUCCUCACGAUGAUCUCUUCGGUGUGGUCGUGGAAGGAGAUCCCCGUGAGGAAUAAGAAAUGCGGUGCAACACGUAUGUGGACCAAUCCAUCGUGCCAUGUGGAUGAGAAGCUCAUUGUAUUGGGGCAGAAUUCCACACUUCCGAAGGAUUUGCAAAUAACAAAUCAAAUUCGUCUCAAUAUUCAAGCACAACGCACCUUUCCGCAGCAUCAGGAGCAACACAGACUAAGAAAUCCCUUUCAGGAUCCCCCCAAUCUCACAGCUCCACCACCACCCCUCUAUGGGGGUGGACGUCGACAACCAGCGCGGGGAGAUGCCGCCGCACCGGAGCCAUCGCGUGUACGACAAAAUUUCCCACGUGCCUCAUCGGAUCACCAUCAUCUGGGUAUGAUGGCAUUCCGGGAAUCACAUUCAGGGCUAGAUAUGCGUGAACGGCGACUUGCGGCAUUGCAGAAGCGUGAACAGGAACUCCAAGCACGUCGUGGUAUGCCACUCGUGGUGCCCACUCCCAAACCCACACCAUGUCCCCCCAAGAAGACACGACAAAAUUGCGAAGCUCUAUUUAUCUGUGAUCUCUCCCACGUACUCCAUCCCCAUGAACCCUUCGUCGAGUGGCAGGAGGUGCAGGAUGGUGGUGUCCUCCCGGGAGCACCCGUCAAGACAAUUCUCUCGAGUCUCGUGGCUGGGAAUGGGGAACUCAUUGUCUUUGGUGGUCUCGAACAGAACACCAAUCAAGGGAAUUACACAGCUAAUAAUUAUCUACACUUCAUCACAGUACCCCAUACGGUGAUAUGAGUGUGUCUCCUUAUUUCCCGGAAGUCAUGUAGCGCCCCCAAAUUCACCUUCAAAGGAAUUAAAGAAUAAAAAAAUAUUUUCUUCACCAA